UUCAAAGGUACACAAGCAUCUCCCUUGUAACUGCAGCAACUUGAAUAAGAGGUCAAAUUGGUUUUGCCCAAAUAACCAAUUAAAUCAAACUUAAUUCAUACUCUAGCUUUCCAUUUUCCUGGUUAUCUGUUUCUUAUAUGACUGAUCAUGAACUAGACGUAGGUUUUGCAUUAUAAUACAUCAUGAAGAAGACAGUUUCUACAUAGAAUAAACCCAAAAUGAUUACAAAAACACACAAGUCAACAUAAGAGCCUUAAAAUAACUACAUCCUCCUCAUUUCUUACUGUUGAAAUCCUAAUAUCCUCCCUGAAUUAAGCUGGUCAGUGGUUUGAUGCACAAGUUUUGUGCUGGGUUCCAUUUCAUUUGGUAGGAUAAAGCAUAGCUGAGCUGUUCAGGCCAGAAAAACGCGCUUAGCUUUAUAUAUCUCAAGUCCCAAUCCCUCUUCUUCUCUGCUUAAUGUGAAUUUGGGAGGAAGGGUGCUACAGCCAGCAACAUGGCUACUGGAGGUGAUCCUCAUGCUGAAUCAGAAGCAAUGCUAGAGAACGUGUGGGCGAGUUUUAUAGGUGGAGCAGAAUUCAGCGGAGAGACAGAAAAGACGCCUGAAUUAUCCAAAGCUUGGGAAGGACUGCCCUGCCUUGAUGGGAGAGACGGAUCCAUGGAAAUUCUACAAAGGCUACCAAGCCUAGGAAGAUGGAUAUCAAUGGGCGCCGAGACUUGGGAGGAGCUUCUUGAUAGUACCAUUCCUGAGCGCAACACAGAACAGUCAUGUAACCAUGAUCUAGAAAGCAGUACUACUAGCUCCAUCUCGGGCACAAAGGUGAAUGCUAUGAAAACAGAGAAGGUGGCAUCCCCACACUAUAGAGGAGUGAGGAGGCGGCCAUGGGGCAAGUAUGCAGCAGAGAUAAGAGACUCGACAAGAAAAGGAGCCCGAGUUUGGCUUGGAACCUUUGAAACAGCUGAGGAAGCUGCUUUGGCUUAUGACAAGGCGGCUUUAAGAAUAAGAGGCGCAAAGGCAUAUCUCAACUUCCCACUUGAGACUGUUGCCAGGGCCAGAGGAAUUGCUUGUUCAGGAAAAGGAUUGAGUUAUUCAUCUACUGCUUCUCAAGCGUACGGCUCAGCAUCUCCAAUUCUUGGCUGCAACGAGAGGAUUUCCAAUCCUCGGAAGAGACCAUCAACAAACUGGGAAGAAAACAACGAAGUGAAGAUGGAAAAACCUCCAUCAAAGAAAAUGGCAAGCUUAGAAGAUGUAUACUGGAACGAAUUUGAUGUACUGGAGUUUCCGGACCUUGGGAGCGAUUACUUAGACAGUUUGCUGUCCUCUAUCUAACAAAGAAACCAUGGAUGGGGACAGCCCAAAUAUGAAAUCGGGUGGUCUGAAUUCAUUUGUAGCUACACAUACAUGAUACAUCUACCAGUAGGAAUUUGCUUUCCAUAGACAAAAUUGGAGGAUGAGUCAGCAGAACAGUGAUUAUUUUAUCAAUAGCAGUGUUUGUAAUUUUUGAAGAAGUUCAACAUCUUGUUUUAAUUUCAGACCAUUAAUUUCAAGUUGUGUUUUGUGUGA